UAGAAGUUUUUAGUUGAGUCCUUGAACAGCAGUUUUAUAUGUAUUGAACUGGCAUGUUCAUCUAAUACUGUUAGAUACUGUGUGACUGCCACUCUGACGGUCAGGGAACGUUUUACUAACGUUAGCUGCUCUGUUGCUACUUUCAUAACUUGAACUAGCCUCCACGAGCGGUUAGGUUAGCUUCUUGUUAGCAGUUAGCGAGGUAAAGAAAGUUGGCUUGUGUUUCCAGACACGUUGCUAAGUUAAGCUAGCAAGACAAACUUCAGGCAAUUCCUCCGAGUGAAUUGUCAUUCAUCAACUAAAUAUUUACAGUGAAAUCCGCGAAAUAUUAAUGUUAUAAUGUUAUGUGACGUUAUGACGUGAAGUGUGAUGAUUGUUUACAGUCAGCGGACUAAGUGAAGUUGAUACUCGGAUGCUAACAUUAACCAUCGCUUACUGUUACAACGUUAUCAAAGAUUCUCCACUUCAGCCCUCUCUUGUUUUAUGUUUUUUUUUUUUUUUUUUUUUUUUUAUCGUUAACUGUCGUCAGGUGUUCCAGAUAAAGCUGUCCAGUAGGGUUAAGAAUUUUUUUUUUAAAUGAAAUUCAAAUAAAAAGAUAAGGCAUUGCAGUAGUGCAGUCAUUAGACAAAACAAAGCAAUAAAUAUAAAAAGUUGAUUCCGUUCCAAAGUUUACAUAUCCUUAGUUUUUAAUACUGUUUAUAGUCUUUUGUGAUGGUUGUGGAUGAGUCCUUUUUGCAGAUGUCCAUUUUUCUUGACAAAAUGCCUUCCUGUGUUGUUUUGCAUGAACUGCACGUUUGAGAUCUCCCCAAAGUGUCUCAGUAUUGAGGUGAUAUUGAGGUCAGGAGACUGAGGGUCACUCCAGAACCUUCAGAUUUCUGCUGUCAUGUUGGAAACUGCAAGAGAUGAAGCCAUGUGAAAGACUGUGACGGCUUGUGCAAACCAUGGAGAAGAUGAAUAAAAGCCUAACGAAGAUUGAGAUGGAUCUGGCUUUCGGAUCAGCGAAGCUUUUUGGAUCAUCCAGGAGUAUAGUCAGGAGGAUUGGGUCCACUCUCCCUCUUGGUCCAUGCCCUAGAGUCCACUUUCAGCUUCACCCGUUCACUGCCCUCAACCCCCCUAGCACCCCUAAUGGGCUUGUGGCCUCCCUGGCCGAUGUAGCCUGGAUCGACAACGACGAAAAGGACUUUAGUGACCGUCCCAGGUCAGAGGCUCCGUCGGGCCUGGUGUUCCGUACGCAACAGCCUCAGACGCUCCGCCGCCAGCGUUCACUACCCAGCCUACACGAGGCAGAGCCCGCACCGCAGGGUCCGACGGUGGUCAACGAUGAGGCCAUCCAGAAGAUCAGCGCCCUGGAGACAGAGCUGGCCCGCCUCAGAGCUCAAAUUGCACAGAUUGUCCUGGCGCAGGAACGCAGCGCAAACACAGCUGCUCCCCCUCCUCCGCCACCCCCACCUAGUCCCAACAUGCCUCCGCCACCUCCUCCACCUCCACCGCCACCCCCGCCCGGUCCCGGCCUGCAGAGGAGCUACUCGGCCAUCGAGCUCAUCAGAGAGCGCCGCGGCAAGAAGGGCGACAGCCUACAGCAGACUCUUUUGGACUCGGGGCCCAAGCAGCCCAGCAUGCUAGACGUGCUCAAGGACAUGGGCAAGGUCAAGCUGCGCUCCGUCAAGAGUCGGCCAGAGGAAGGCCACACCAAGCCAAAGCCCACCGACCCGACAGAUGCUGCUGGCCUCAUAGCCGAGGCCCUGAAGCGCAAGUUUGCCCACCGGUACCGCGAGGAGAGCGAGAACCAGGACGACUUCCACCUGCCUCUCCCUGACCCCAAGCCCAAGCCCCAGCCCCAGCCCCACUCGGGCAUGCCUCUGUUUGGGCAGCACAUGCUGAAGACGACAGGGAAAAGGAGGGUGUUGUGAUGGCGGAGACAUCGCUGGUGUAGACUGCUGCCUAGGACACUGCUGGUGCCCCUCCCUGUCUUUAUGAGACGUGUGGAGAGUCACAAGCACACCUUAGGAAAAUGGGUAACUAACCAUAUCGGUUCUUCUCGGCACUUUCAAAAGAGUAUGUCUGUGCGUUGCGAAUGGACUUUAUAUAUGUUUUAUGUUGGGUGUAUUUCUUUUUUUUUUUUUUUUUUUUUUUUUUAUAAAUGCUUAAAGACACAGUAUUUCUGCACAGACUCAUUUCAUUGGAGUCAAGUUUUUGGUUCUGGUGAACUACAACAGAAUGUUUAUUUGGAUUUGUUUGUCUUUCUUUCUGGAUGUUUUCAGUUGGAAACAUGAUGCAGCCAUGACUGAUCACUGGCACUACAAUACAAUAGCCAACCCAAUCAAUACACACCUCCAGAACUUUGUUCCUGGUUAGAAAAGGAAAGGUUAGGUUAGGGUCAGGAACGAGCGAUAGCUGGGGGUAACAAAGCUCGAGCCAAAUUCUUACUAAAAAAAAAAAAAAAAAACACGGACUGGCGUGCCUUAACCUGUUGUCUCAAAAUGUAAACAAAAGCUAUUUCUUAAAACAACUGUUUUAUUUGUGGUAAAAUGCUACAUUCCUUGUUUCUGACGGAGUUAUUUUUAACAAUUCUUAUGUUUAAUUUAUGAUGCUGGGAAACUUAUUUAUAUGUAAAGUUUAAGUUCUUUAACAUCAACACUAGAAAUGGCUAAUGUCUGUUGAAUUAUGUAUGCUUCAUAUGCAUGUAAGAUAACUAAUGUGGAACAUUUUCAGAAAUAUUUCAAACUUGAUUUCAGAUUUUAUGUAAAGUACCUCAGCAAGUGUCCAAGUUGACCCCCACAUUUGUCUUAAAAACAGCACACAAAAUACAAGUUUUUUUCAUUUUCCAUCUCAGUUGACGAAUAUGCUUGUACUUAGGAAGAAACACUGUGUCAAACAUCAAUUGAAAUAUCUUCUUUGUCCAUUCCGACUCUUCAAGAACACUAAUGCUUCGUGGUUGAAGCAGAAUGACUGCUUAAACCCAUGCUAGGUCUUCCCUUUUUAUUCAAGUGCUUUAUUCUUUCAUUGCCCUGGAACAUGGUAUUAAUGCUGUUGUACUGUACUCUGUGGCGUGUAGGUAGGUGUGCCCGUUUUGCCUCUUGCUGAACUCAGAGCUUACUUGAGGCUGUCAGAAACUUGAUGUCUAAACCCAGCAUUGACUGUUGGCCGUUGAACUUGAGAACUACCUAAAGGGCCCUGUGCUGUGUCUGUAUUUAAAGCCGUCACCAAACACUAUAUAGGUCUUGAUGGACCAGCUUUACCUACAGGAUUGAAGGGAAUAUCAAAGCAUUGUCAGGUUUUUAGAGCAUUAGCUUCUUUUAAAAGAGAAAACUACCAAAAAAACAAUCUUUUGAACACUACAUGGAUUGUUUGAUUACAAUUAUGCUGUUGAAAUACUGGAAAAAUCAACUGUACAAAUAAAAGUUUAAAGAAUGUUACAA